AUGCCAUCCGAGCGUGAAUUUCGUGCGUUGCUGCUUGCCAUUGAAGAUGAUUUGUCCGAUGAAGAGCGCAAGAAGUUUGUUUUCUUACUCGCCGACGAUGUUCCACGGAGAAUUAAAGACGGACCACUUGUUGACAUCUUCACGGAACUGAUCAAUCGUGGACACAUAUCCAAAUCCAGUUGUGAAUAUCUCGUCAAGAUAUUUGAAUCCAUGAAAUUACUUACCGUAGCAUAUCGAAUCGCUCAGUUCGAAGCUCAAUCCGUGCCUCCUGUUCCAUCGCCAACGUUGGAAAAUACUCAGCCGUUAGAGAAUAACUCAUCAACCGAAGAUUAUCAGAAUAAUCAUUCAUCAUUGAUGGAAAUAAUCAAUGAUUUUAACUCUACCGAUGCCAUGACAUUCACUUCUGAUUUACCAUCGAUUGGUCCGAUAACUCCACCGAUACUUGAAGAACCUUCGCCGGAAAUCGUUCCGUUAACUGUUGAAAACAUCGAUUUGAAAAUAUUCGAGAGUAGCCUAUGGUCAGAUGAGUUUCUCGAGAAAAUUCAUUUGAGCAACAUUCGACCGUACGAAUAUCAACGUGAAUUGGUACAAAAUGCUAUUAAAGUUCGAAAUACCAUCAUCUGUCUUCGAGCCGGUGGCAAAAAAACCUUUGUUGCUGCUUUGUUGUUGAAAUAUUACCUGAUUAAAAAGCUGACCGUCAAAGAUGACAAGAAAUUUCUGGCAUUUUUCCUUGUAUCACGACGUGCGAUGUUAAAGCAACAAGCGAACAAGUUAAAACAAAUCGGCAAUCUUCGGGUGAUUAUCUGUGAUGAGGCAAACGAUGCUACACAGUACGUUCUCAAUUCAGAUGUUAUCGUUUGCACACCGCAAAAACUCAUCAAAUGUUUACGAAUGAAAACAAUCUUGAUUUCUAACAUCGACGUGCUUUGCUUUGACGAAUGUCACGAUAGCCCCAUACGCAGUCAAUACAUCGAAAUCAUGCAGUAUAUUUUAUGUAAAAAUAUCGAGCAAAUUCCACCAGUCGAGACACCACCAGUUAUCAUUGGUUUAACAGCGAUUGGUGUUCAUCACAUGAAUUCUUCGCAGAUUGUUCCGAACUUAGCGAAUCUUUGUGCAACGUUCAAUUGCAUGACCAUGACGACUGUUUUAAACAAGGAGAAUCAAGAAGAACUCGAACGAUGUGCAACCGGGAUAUCCGAAGGUGAAGUUAUAUGUGUAGACAAACAAACAGACUACGAAAAAUCGAAAUCAUCGAUUGAAAAAGGACUGGAAGAAUUAAUUCUAGAAUUAUUCAUCAAUCGCGAAACAAAUCCUUUUCGAAUUUUCUCCGAAAAGGACAUACAUUCGAAUGGUUACGAACAAAGUUUGGUUCUACUCAAAGAAUCUCAACAAAAAGCUUGCAAUUUUCCUUCGGUGCUUUUAUUGAAUUACAUUUUGGUGAUCUAUCGGCAUUUAAAAGCAUUGACAAACUUAACACCACAAAUGGUUCUGCUGGAUUUAAAAGAGCAAUUUGAAACGAUAUACAAAAGUCGAGAACAUCCAUUGCAAAUUGAUACAAUGAUUUAUCGAAAAUGUCAAAGUGUGUUUAAGAAGAAAUUAGCCGAACUUGAAGAAUCGGGCAAGUUGUUGAUGAAUCCAAAAUUGGAGAAACUUGUUGAUUUAUUGAAAAUACAUCUAGCCAAUCCGAAUCAUCGAAUUUUGAUCUUAGUGGAACGAACAUUUUAUGCGAAAAAGAUCUGUGAAUUUCUGCAAAGUCAUCCCGAUUUGAAAAACUUAAUUAAACCGUGUUGUCUCGUUGGUAAUACUGGUUCUAACGCUCGAGAAGUAAAUAAAAACCAAACCACCACACUCGAAGGAUUUCAAACUGGUAUUUACAAUGUAAUGAUUGCGACUGAUGCUAUUCAAGCAGGUCUGAAUACUCCUCAAUGUUCGCUGGUACUUCGAUAUGAUUUCGUUCCGGAUAAUAUUGGAACUCUUCAAGGACGUCUUCGUGCACAUACUGGAGAUUGUAAAUAUUGUCUGAUCACUACUAAAGAUUCCGCAAAUUAUAAUAAGGAAAAGGAUAGUCGUAAAUAUGAACAAGAUUUGAAAGAAGUGCUGGAAACAUGGAAAGGAAUUUCUCAAGAUGAAUUCAAAGAACGCGUUCAAAAAGUUCAGGAAUCUUUGGUUGCUGAGUGGACUGCAAAUUUGAUCAAACUCGCGAUCGCCCAAUCAGUGAAUGCAAAAACCUUUGAGUUAACUGGCGAAGUUUCAUGUCGUGCUUGCGGUUAUGUUCUUGGACAACUUGCACAACUUUGUCGACAUGGUGACUCAUAUUUUCUUAAUCAACGCGAUUUUUAUAAUCGUGUCGAAGAGAAACCUUUCGAUACACCAGAGGAAUACGCAAAAAGUACCCUUAUCGGUGAAGCACAUUGUGGAAGUAAAGAAUGUCGCGUUAGACUCGGUAAUAUUCUAUCCCUACGAGAUUAUCCACAAUUCAGUCCAAUUUAUCCACUAAAAUGCAAAGCAGUUCAAAUCAAAUACAUCGACAACACUAAUGAAAAGGAAAAAACCAUCAUGAAAAAGAAAUGGUCAACAGUACCAUUCGAUAUUCCUUUUCUCGUCGACGACUCAUGUCCAAAUGAUGCUGAUGAUGACAAUGAUAUUUUUUAUGACGCUUGUGAUUCUCUUCCCGGUGAUCUAUAA